AUGAUGACCAUGACUACGAUGGCUGACGGGCUGGACGCGCAAGACUCCUCCAAAUCCGCCUUCAUGGAGUUUGGGCAGCAGCAGCCGCCACCGCCACAGCCACCGCCGCCGCCGCCGCCUCAUUCGCAGCAGAGCUCGCCGGCCAUGGCCGGCGCCCACUACCCGCUGCACUGCCUACACUCCGCCGCCGGCUCCCACCCGCAUCACCAGCACCACCACCACAGCUCUCCCUACUCCGGCUCCGCCGGCUCCUACAAUCACCGCUCGCUGGCAGCCUACCCCUACGUGAGCCACUCGCAGCACAGCCCUUACCUCCAGUCCUACCACAGCAGCAGCGCGGCCAGCCAGACGCGGGCGGACGAUGCAGAUCAGCAAAAAACCACAGUGAUUGAAAACGGUGAAAUCAGAUUCAAUGGAAAAGGGAAAAAGAUUCGGAAGCCUCGAACCAUUUACUCUAGUCUACAACUCCAGGCUUUAAAUCAUCGCUUUCAGCAGACUCAGUACCUGGCACUUCCAGAGAGGGCUGAGCUGGCAGCUUCAUUAGGACUUACCCAGACACAGGUGAAGAUCUGGUUUCAGAACAAGCGCUCCAAAUUCAAGAAGCUGCUGAAGCAGGGCAGCAACCCCCAUGAGAGUGACCCUCUGCCCGGCUCCGCCGCCCUCUCCCCUCGCUCUCCGGCUCUGCCUCCGGUCUGGGACGUUUCAGCUUCUGCCAAGGGAGUCAAUAUGCCUCCCAACAGUUACAUGCCUGGCUAUUCUCACUGGUAUUCUUCUCCACAUCAAGACACAAUGCAGAGACCACAAAUGAUGUGA